GCGAGUCUUGACGGGUUGCUUUUUCUGACGGGAGUUGGGAGGAAUUGUAGCAGAAGCUCACCGUCCGAUCAUCAACAAUCAACAAUCAACCAUCAACAACCCGCCUCUCCGACUAGAUAUCUACAACCCACCUCUAACCUCGGAAAACUCCACACCCCUCGUCCACCCGUCCAGGCCCCAACAUGUCCACUCCAACCGCCGCUCCUCCGUCCCUGUGGACCCGGAAAUGCGACCUGAUCUACUUCAUCUUCUUCGCGAUCCACGUCCCAAUCAUCUUCCUGGUCGACGCCGCCCCGAUCCUCCCCUCCUUCCUGCAGUCGGGCCUGUCCCACUCCCUCCGCGACUUCUACAUCACCACCUACCACGACAAGUUCUUCGAGGGGCCCCCGGCCCCAUGGUUCUACUCCUUCCUGCUCAUGGAGCUGUUCUACCAUGUCCCGCUUAGUGUGUGGGCUCUGCACGGGCUCAAGAAUGAUCACCCGCUCGUCCCCGCCCAUCUGCUCGUCUUCGGUGUCCAGGCCUUCAUCACCUCCGCCGUCUGUCUGAUGGAGGUGUGGAGCUGGGAGGAUCGCACCCUCGUCCAGAAACAGAAUAUCUCCAUGCUGUACGGCCCGUAUGUGGCGCUUGGCGCAUUCAUGGCAGCGGAUAUGUUCUCCCGUCUUCGGGGGAAAUUGCUCGGCAAAUCCAAGACGGAGUAGAAUGGGAGUAAUAUAUCUAGAUUUGCAUUCCUUCGGCAGGUAGGUCCGGUUUCGGUUUCGGUGGUACAUUGGAUAUUGUAGAAUAGAUUCCUAGACAGGCAGUAGUAGGCAG